AUGGAUGCUCGCCCAAAGACAAUAUACCUCCCAGACACCAUGAUCACCUGGCCCUGGCCUCGCGCCAUCAAUCCGCACUUCGAAGAUAUGAAAGCUGAAGUCGAUGCUUCGUUCCGUGAUUUCAAGGCUCUGAGUCCUGAGUCACAGGAAGCUUUCGAUAAAUGCGAUUUUGCACGCCUAGCAGCAUUGCUUUAUCCCAAUGCAUCAAAGGAACACCUUCGGAUCGGCUGUGAUUUGAUGAAUUUAUUCUUUCUUGUGGAAGAGUAUACCGACAACGAAAAUGAAGCGGUCGCAAAGGAAAGGAUGGACAUCGUGAUCGAUGCCGUACGCAAUCCUCAUGAAAUACGACCAGAAGGCGAAUCCAUCAUCGGUGAAGUCGCGCGACAAUUUUGGGCCUAUGCAAUCCAAUUUGCAAGCCUGACUUCUCAACGUCGCUUUCUUCAAACCCUUCCUGUAUACCUUCAUGCAGUCGUUGUCGAGGCUCGCGACCGUGAACAAGACCAUAGGCACAGUGUCGAUGACUACCUGAAGCUUCGACGGAGGGGUAUUGGCGUAAAACCCUCUUUCACAAUACUUGAAAUGGGGAUGGACCUUCCUGAUGAAGUGUUUUAUCAUCCAGUCAUCGGGGAUCUCGCUGACUGCGUCAUAGAGUUGGCAAUCAUUGACAACGACAUGAUCUCGUACAACAGAGAACAGGCGGCUGGGGAUGAUCAUAACUUGAUAAGUACUGUCAUGUUGGAACGCGGGCUAGACAGAGGCAGUGCGAUGGCCUGGGCAGCACAUUAUCACGCUGAACUUCAGAAACGAUUUAUCGACGGUCUCGCGAAGGUUCCUUCAUGGGGACCUUCUGUCGACGCCCUAGUCAAAGAGUAUUUUGAUGGCACGGCAACCUUCGUUCGCGGAAACCACAGUUGGUGUUACGAAUCUCAAAGGUACCUUGGCACCAGGGGCCCUGAAAUACAGAAAUCCGGGCUUGUCCCGUUAUUGCCAAAGGCCAACCGCAAAGCCCCGUGA